AUGUUGAGUUCGAUUUCAAUAUCCGAGAAUAAAAGUGGUAAAGACAUUGAACGAGGAAAUGAGCGUAACGAGAUUGUUAGUGAUGAACGAAACGCUGAAGUACCGUUGAUACAGUUCAGUUGUUGUGUGUGUGGAAUGCGAGAAAAGUGUCGUUAUGGUAACGUUAACGUCACUGGUAGAACACAUUCAUAUCGAUACAAAGAGCAAGUAUACUACCUGAUGGAUCCAUUCCGAAAUAGAGCUAAAACAGAUAAACGACGUGUGGUUGAUGAUAGUGAUGGCCGUGAACGUGGAAGUAAUGCGACUUCAAACCGUCAAGGUCGAAAUCCAACGGAUACCUCAAAUCGAACACCAAAUAUUUUGGAUUUUUUUGUUAUUGGCGCCUUAUGUGCCGUCUGUGGACAGUCGGUUUGCCUCGAUGAGCUGUGCAGUGUAUUCUAUUCGAAAACAUUUUGUUCAACGUGCGUUAUGAGGGAACAUCAACAUUUCCCCACUGAAAUAGUUCGACAAAUUGAAAUGGCACGGAAAUCAAGAGAACGACGUGAGGCUGAGAAGAAUGACAAAGUUUUGAAGCCGUCAGAGGUUGUUGUUGUUGAAGAAGAAGAAGAAGACGACGACGGUGAACGGGAUAGUUGA